AAGACACACCCCCAAGUUUGAUUGGUUGUUCGUUGCGUGCUUCGCCAAUGAAAAGCGAUAUCUACGAUUAAGGUGUCUUCAUUUACAACGUGGUGGCGGUAUUUAGGCAACUGUAAACACUAAUACUUAUCAAACGAAAAAAUCGCGGAGGCAGACAUGGCAACAGAAAAGCACGUGGCAUCAGUAAAAUACGAGGAAGAGCCCGAAGGAAAGUUCACGCUUAAGAAGGAAAUUGGACUUCUUAACGCGGUUACUAUCAUAGUGGGGGUCAUCGUGGGGAGCGGCAUUUUCAUCAGUCCGAAGGGGGUACUCCUGGAGGCAGGAUCCGUCGGCCUGUCACUGUCGGUAUGGGGCAUGUGUGGCAUCAUAUCACUAGUGGGAGCAUUGUGCUAUGCGGAGCUAGGGACUUGCAUUCUCAAAUCAGGCGCAGACUAUGCAUAUAUAGGGACUGCCUUCGGAAAACUGCCCGCGUUUCUGUUUCUCUGGGUUGCGUUAGUAGUAAUAAUGCCAACGGGAAAUGCCAUAACAGCACUGACGUUUGCUAAAUAUGUUCUGCAGCCAGUUUUUCCGGACUGCGAUGUCCCUUCGUCAGCUUCCAGACUGUUGGCGGCGCUUUGUAUCACGUUGUUAACAUUUGUCAACUGUACCAAUGUUCGAUGGGCAACCCGGGUCCAAGACAUAUUCACUGUGGCCAAGAUUAUUGCCCUUGUCAUGAUCAUCAUUACUGGAAUCGUCAAGUUUGUGAUGAAGGAGCAGGUUGAGAGUUUUGAGGAGCCCUGGGACGGCACCCAGACUAACCCAGGUCGUAUUGCCUUCUCCUUCUACUCCGGGCUCUUCUCAUAUGCUGGAUGGAACUAUUUGAACUUCGUAACAGAAGAACUGAAGGAUCCAUAUAAGAACCUGCCUCGUGCGAUCUGCAUCUCUAUUCCGCUUGUGACCGUGAUCUAUGUCCUUGCCAACAUUGCCUACUUCACUGUUCUCACACCGCGCGAGAUGCUCGCAUCAGACGCUGUUGCUGUGGUGUUUGCUGACAACACUUAUGGUGUCAUGUCCUGGAUUAUGCCUCUGUUUGUUGCAUGCUCUACGUUUGGUGGUGUAAACGGUGCCAUAUUCACAUCAGCAAGGUUGUAUUUUGUGGGGGCGCGAGAAGGUCAUCUCCCUGGUUUCUUGGCAACCAUCAGCACCAAGAACUAUACACCAAUGCCUGCAUUAAUAUUUGGUUGUAUUUUGACGUUGAUCAUGUUGAGUUCUGACGACAUAUUUGCUCUGAUCAACUAUGCCAGUUUUGUAGAGUCCGCCUUCAUCGCCCUUACCAUCUGUGGAUUGUUGUACAUGCGGUAUAAACUGCCCGAAAUGGAAAGGCCAAUCAAAGUGUUUUUAGGUUUCCCCAUAUUUUUCCUGGUUGUGUGCGUAUUCUUGAUCAUCAUGCCUCUCACCAACAACCCGACUGAGUGUUUGAUCGGCAUGGCGGUGGUCGCUGCCGGCAUCCCAGUGUACGUCGUCGGGGUCAUGUGGAAGACAAAACCACGCUGGUUCAAUACGCAGCAAGAUAGGCUGGCCAUUCUCACUCAGAAGGUUUGUCUCAGUGUGCGGGAAGAUCUGAAGGACGAUUAGAGGCUGCACACAAAGUAUUCAGGCUACGUACCACUAUUACAGGCCAGCCGUUGAAGACUGGGAAAUUAUGUCUCUAAUCAAUAUUUAUGUUCACUAUAUAUAUUUCAUUUACCUCUCUUCGUUUUUGUUCAUUCAUUUGAAGGUGUGAAUGUCUUAGGCAAAUUUUUGUGUUGACACUGAUGUGAACAUCAGAAAAAUUAACUGUUUGGCCAAAUGUUUAUAGAUCUUACAAUGUAUGUAGAUCAGGAAGUGUAAGUUUGUGAUCAAAUCACAAUUAAUAUAUUGCUGAAGUUUAUAUAUAUCAAAUCAUAAAUGAUAAAUUGGCAAAGUUUAUUUAUGAAAGAAUAGAAUUUCCAUGUUGUGAUUAAAUCACAAUUUAAAUACAGGUAAUAGUUGCCAGAAAAACGUUACAUGCAUGAUCAAAAAUACAGAUACAGUAUUGUUUUCACACAAGUUAAAAUUAAAAUGACAAGCAGUAGGGAUUCUGUUAAACAAGAAUUUACUUUGUUGUCAAAGAGGGUUUUGUGCUUUAUUAUCAAAUAGGUCCUGUUAUUUGUGAACUGAUAAUGUCUGAGGAAACAAGGUAUCACUCUUUGUAACAAAGAAUGGCAUGUAUAAACAGUACAAAACUUCAAAAUAAAUAUUUUAACAUAAAGUUCUUUUACAUUCUUAGAUAUGACAGAGACCAGCCAUUUUGUUUUCAAAUACUCAAGUUUUCAUACCAUUUUGAUCACAUUCUUUUUGUAUUAUUUGUGUGUAUGUUGAAAACGUCAUGAUCUGUAUUUUUAUUUGUAUGGUUCAUGCUGUUAUGGAUGCUUGUUAAUGAGUUGUAGAUGCCACUUACAAUGCAGACAUUUAGGCUUUCCUUUGAUAUUUUACUGUAAGGGUUUUGUGUUUUAUUCCAGAUGCUUACACAUAUCAUAGAGAAAAUAGAUGGAUCAGACAUGUAUUAAGUUUGUGAUGUAUUGCUUUUUCAUUUGUUUUAAGCCCAAAUCCUUCUCCUGAUUUGAAUUUAAGAAUAAGGUUACAAUGUAAGUUAUUUAAUAAUUCUUUGCUGAAAGGACAGAUAACUGAUGACAAAACUCUAAUCAGAUAUGCAUGAAUGUCUUUGUAAAUUACUUCAUUAAUUUUAUAUUUGAAAACAUUAAUUUGCAUUGUUUUACCUGUGGUCAUAUGUGUUUGUACAUAAUCCAUGCCUCACUUACAAAUUAUAAUGCAAUAUAUCCAUUAUCUUUUUGAGGCAUACCUGUUUGAUGUCUUUAAAGUAAAUUGUGUGCGUGUCAGAAUGUGUUUAGCUCACCUGAGCACACCUUGCUCAUCGUUAGCUUUUGGGAUAUAAUGAUGUCCGUCAUCCUUGUGAGUUGCCUUCCAUGCAUCUCUCAACUUGUUCUUCAAAUGACAUAACCUCCUCAGCCGUUGGGCAGAAUUUCAGGAAACAACAGGAAUGUUCCUUGGGUGGUCCUCUAUGAAGAUAAAUGAACUUAUAUCGGUCUGUUUAUUAAAUAGGUCAAGGGGCCCAAAUGUGGGUUCAAAAAAUAAAUGAAUGCUUCAGAAAUCUUCCCUUCAGGAACUGAAAAACCCAGAGGUUUAGAUUUGGCAUUAAUCAUCAUAAUAUUGCAUAAUUGUUUUUUCAAAUUAUUCCCCUUUCAUAAAUACUGGGCUUGCCUAAAGGGUUGCCAGUUUUUAAGUAGACUUCAGUAGACUUAUAUAGUGAAUACUUUUUAAAACCGUCUUGUCAAUGUCUGAAACUGCAAAGCAUUAGCCUUUCAUAUUUGGUAUGUAGCAUGGUCUAUAAGUCCUUUUACAAAGUUUGCUUACAUUAUGUCCCUGUAGUCAAAGCUGCCACCACUCCAUGAGUCACCAGUUUUACAUAGACUUAUUGAGAGAAAAUCUUUAAAAAACGUUGUUUUUUUUCUAAAAUUGCAAAGCCUUUUUUUGGUAUGUAGCAUCAUCUACAAGUUCUCUACAAAGUUUUGUUCAAAUCAUCCCCCAUGAGGUCAUGACUGACCACACCAGAGGGGUAACAUGAUUUAUAUACGUUUUAUAGGAAAAACAAUUACAAUUUCUAAACAAAUGACAUGGACCAGAAAUGUAAAUAUUGGUAGGCAACCUCAUAUAGUGGUCCUUAACUUAACUUGUUCAGUUUAUGCCCAUGUGGUCAGAAGGAGCCCUAAACCUGGGGGUCUUGAGUAUUAUACAUCUGUGCCACAGAUUCUCUAGUGAUCAUUCAUGGAUCCUUGUGGUCCUGUUGUUAGAUGCUACUGCAAGUCUGUGAUUAAUGCAUAAUACAUUUAACUGUGUACUUAAUAUUUUAGCUUUGCUUUCUCUUUAAAUGUUUUGAGCAGUGUUGUUGCUUUGUAUUUUUAUUGUCAUGCUUGUUUUGCAGAUUUUGCAUAAUUUCUAAAUUAUUGAGAGGAAUUAACCAGUUGUUUCUAUCCUUUCAGUUGAUUUUAUAAUUUUGAACAUGUAUAAAUAAUUCUUAUUUGCUAGAACACCCAGAGAAAUAUCAGUUUCUGGUGAAUAAGUUGAGUUACGUAGGUAUUUUCUCCUAUUGGGCGUUGGAAACACUUUCCUUCAAAAGGAAGUUUUAAAUCACAUCACAUUUAAUUGAAAGAUUUUACUUUUGUGUUACAUGAAACAUGUGUUAUUUGUAUUGUUGUUGAUAUUUAUAACUGUUUUGACAUUUUAUGUUAUUUUUCCAUAUUUAUUAAUGACCCAUGUUCAUGUCUGUAAAUGUUUGUUAUUUGCUGCUGUAAUAUUGAUUAUGGAGUUGAUACUUUUACUAGGGAGCCAUUAUGCUAGUUAACUUAGGAUGUAUUUAAGCAUUGACUGUCCAGUACAAGUGUUGCAGAUUACACACCAUAAUUAUUACAUUUCAUGGACUUUCAAUUAGAUAUAACCUGAUUUCCUCUUGCCUUUACCUAUGAAAUACAUCAUGCAUUAAAAAUCAGUUUUGCUCUAGAGUGCAGAGGACCAAUUGCCUCAUUAUUUGAUUAUCCACAAUUAAAAAUUAAUGUAAUAAACAAAAUUGCAAUACUAUCGAAUUGCAGAUAUUCCCGUUUGUUUGUGUUUACAUUUUCAUAAUUUUGUUCAUACAUGUACAUGUACCUUUGCUCUCUGUACACAAUAUUUGUGAAGAAGUUUUUCAAUAUGUACGCAAUCUUUUGUGUUCAAAGUUAACUACACAAGUAAACUUGUUACCUUGUUUAUAUGUGGUAUUUGGCAUUAAUUUUGUUUUAUUUUUUAUGAAUUAAUUGUGUGCUCAAAACCGUUUGUUUAGACAAUGUGUUCACAGCCCCAAUCGUAUUUACCACUAAUGUUUUAAUUUUUUUGUGAACUCCUUGAGCCCAGGGACCUAUUCAAACAAGCUUGUUUGUAUAGGUUCCUGUUGAGCCAUAUGGCACCAACAUGUGUUCUCUUUUCCCGUAGAUCUGACUUUCAGUUUUGUACAGACUUAUUUACAAAAUAAUUGAACAAAAUUAUUGUUACAUAAUUGUUUGUUGUUGUAAAAAUUGUGUGAAUGUUUACAAGUAUGCUUAAGGUAUUAUUCUGUUUACUCUUUAAUAACCAUCUGCUUUGUAAAAAUGCACAGAUCUGGCUUUUAACACUGUUCACUUUAAUUCUCCAAAUGUAAAGAGUGUGUUUUUCAAUAUUUAGGUAUGUAGUGACAAUAAGAAAAUGUAUGUACAUUUGUAAGUAUGUUCGUAAUAGUAAAGGGUAUACAUAUGUCAGGCUCUGAUGAAAGGGUGUUUAAUGCAUGUGUGUAAAGUGUCGUCCCAGAUUAACCUGUGCAGUCCUCACAGGCUAAUCAGGUACGACACUUUCCGUCUAAACUGGACUUUAAGAAGAGACUUUCUUUAAACGAAAAAUGUCAUUAGCAUGGAAAGUGUUGUCCCUGAUUAGCCUGUGCAAACUGCACAGGCUAAUCUGGGAGACACUUUAUGCAGAUGCAUUUAACACCCCUUUCACAGAGUGCGGCUCAUAUGGUUUAAUUUGCCUGGUAACGCUAUACCAGUCAGAUCUUGACUCAGAUAUAAAACUCUAAUGAGGUAUCUAGAUUUUCAUUUUUGCUCCAAAAAAUAAAAGUCCUCAAAAAUAUCUUAUUACAUACAUAUAGUAGAGCCAUUUAGCAGACUAUUGAAAUCUAAUCCAAUUAUUGCAAAUAUCAACCAUGACGUUUAAUAUUUGGAAAUGGUAAACAAAUGUUGAAAAAAAAUCACUAAAGCAAUGAACAAACCUGUUUUAGAUGAGGAAUAUUAAAGGGCGUUGUUAACAGGUUUUCAUAUUUUAUAGAAACUUCAUAAAAAGUUUACCAACAAAUCUUUACAAUAAGAACUUAAACUAUUAAAACAGGGAGGAACAAAGUUGAAUAAAUUAUAGUGCUUUCCCUGGAGAGUUGAACAUGGGCAUCUAUAGAUGCAAAAACAAGUGCCCUACUAUCUGCAACAUGAUGGCUUCAUUGUUUAUUCAGUUAAUAAUAACCACUAAGUACUACACAUAUUUUCCAAAUUAUCAAAGAAAAGCAUUCCAAACAUUUAAUUACUUUACCAAUUAUGGAUGAUGAUUGUUCAUUAAAGAACCAUUGUUUGUCACAUUGUCAUAGUCAGUAGUGUUAUUUAAACACAAUUUAUGCAUAAUUUUAUGAAUCCAUGACAAUUUUUUUGAAAAUCGCUAUUUUACCACACUUUGAACAAAUCCCUUGUACAUGUAUAUGGAGUGUUCUUCAAAACAUUGUAUUUCUUAUUCCACUGGUUAUGUUUUGUCCCUACUUGUUUAACGUUUUUAGCUUCAUUUAAAUAGUCAUUUCUUGCUAAUACAUUUGUGUUGACUUGUGUUAAAUUUCCAUACAAAAUCUGCUCAGGUUUUCAUAACAUUCAGUAAAAUAUUUAAGAGAAAAUUGCAAUAUCUCAACAUCUGUAUGUGCUCAUCGUGAUUAACAGUUGUUGAAUUUCAUGAUGUAAUUAAGGAAUAUGGAUCAACUUUUUCUUAAUCAUUUUAAUAUUAUAUUUGUACGAUUUAAUUUGUGGUAUAAUUGCAUAUGACAUUUAUGCAUAAUUAUUAUCAGCUUGUUUUGUCAAUUAGAUCUUAAUUAUUGUGUAAAUUGCCCUAAUUUGGAGUAGAUAUGGUUUGGAGUUCAUACAAAUUUAACCCUUUGCAUGCUUGGAAAUUUGUCGUCUGCUAAAAUGUCGUCUGUAAAUUUCUAAAAUUAGCAUUUUUUUCGAUUUUUUUCAAAGAAUACUAUCAGAAUAGCAAACAGUUUGGAUCUUGAUGAGACACCACGUUCUGUGGGGUCUCAAAUGGAUCCAAACUGUUUGCAAAGGCCUUUAAAUUCGGUUACAGCGCUGAAAGGGUUAAAUGACACGUACUAUUACAAAGACUUUCAUUUAUAUGCCUAAUAAAUGUUAAAAAUUA